AUGAAACUUCAUGGUGCAAAAUAUUUCUCAAAGCUAGAUUUGAGUAAUGCAUUCUACCACCUUGAACUCAGUCCGGAGUCACGAGACCUGACAACGUUUCUUUCGGAAUGCGGCAUGUUCCGGUUUAAGCGCCUCAUGUUCGGCGUCAACUGUGCGCCCGAAGUGUUCCAGCGGGAAAUGACGCAAAUUUUGAAAGAUGUGGAAAAUGUCAUUGUGUACAUCGAUGACAUUCUCAUAUUUGCACGCAGCUUAGAAGAACUGAGGAAAACGGUAGCCACAGUACUGCAAAUCCUGAGGAAGCACAACCUGACAUUGAACCCCAGUAAAUGCGAAUUCGACAAGACCCACAUUAGGUUCAUUGGACACGAGCUUGACGAACAUGGGUUCCACGUCGACAGAGAAAAAGUAAAGAGCAUUGAGAGAAAAAGACAAGACGAUUCUGUAUACCGACGCUUCGCCAAAUGCGUUGGGGCCGUACUGGUUCAGGAGGAUAGUGACGGGAAUUCUCGAAUCAUUAGUUUCGCAUCAAAAGCUUUGACUUCGACGGAAAAACGAUAUGCCCAAAAUCAGCGGGAAGCGCUAGGGGCCGUGUGGGGAGUCGAGCAUUUCUCGUACUUCUUGCUCGGUCGCCACUUCCUAUUACGCACAGACGCCCAGGGAGUCUCGUUUAUACUUAAUCGUUCCCGCGAGAAUUCGAAACGAGCGUUGACUAGAGCGGAUGGCUGGGCCCUACGCCUGAGCCCCUAUAGCUAUGAUGUAGAGUAUAUCCGCGGUCGCGACAACAUUGCGGACCCCUCGUCUCGACUCUACAUUGCGAAUGAUGAACCAUUCGAUGAAACCUUCACUCCGUGGGAAAUAGCUAGCAUAGAAUCUAAUUGCUUUGAGUUCCUGACACAAGCUGAAGUACAAGAAGCCACAGCAAACGACGAGGACCUCCAGCAAGUUAUAGUGGCACUCAAAACAGGUAGCUGGCCCAAGUCCCUUCGUAAGUACGAGUUGGUGGCUGAAGAUUUAUCUGUUUCAAACGGCGUUUUGAUCAAAAGAGGCUGUGCGGUUAUCCCAAGAUCCCUCCAAAAGAAAGCUUUAAAUGUCGCGCACAGUGGUCAUCCUAUGGCCGCAAAAAUGAAAAGCAUUUUGCGCGAAAGGGUGUGGUGGCCUGGUAUUACAAUCGAUACCGAAGAGUGGGUUGGAGCAUGUCAGGCAUGCGCUACUACCGGCAGACCUGAAAAACCUACACCUAUGAAACGCUCGUUUGCGCCUAAAACUGCAUGGGACACGAUCGCGAUAGAUUUUAACGGUCCGUACGCAAAAUUGGGCGGUAUUUUAAUUCUCGUAGUGGUAGACUACAGGUCUCGUUACCUGAUAGCUCGUCCGAUCAAGUGCACUAGUUUCGAGCACACGAAGAGAGUCCUGGAAAAUAUUUUCAAGCGCGAAGGAUACCCCCAAAACAUCAAAUCGGACAACGGUCCCCCGUUCAACAGCGAAGACUACAAAACUUAUUGUAGAGAACGUGGAAUAAAUGUCAUCUUUACUACUCCGCUUUUCCCUCAACAAAAUGGCCUUGUUGAGGGGUAUAUGAAACUCGUCAAUAAGGCCAUGGCAACAGCUCUAUCGACUGGAACUAAUUACAGGGAAGAACUCCAAGCUGCAGUAGAUGCGCACAAUGCGGCGGCCCAUACCGUAACCAGAAUACCCCCUGAAGAGAUUAUGAUGGGUCGUAAAAUAAGACGUCGAUUGCCGCUGCUGGUCAGAGGAGACUCAGAUCAUGAUAACGGUCUUGUCGACAUCAGAGAUCGUCAAGCUAAAUUGCGAGCAAAGCAGUAUGAAGACGCUCGCCGAGGAGCUAGGGAGAGUCGCGUAAAAUCAGGGGAUGUUGUCAUCACCGAACGAACAGUACGAACGAAAGGUGACACGAGGUUCGAUCCGACAAAGUUUACCGUGGUUGAAGAAAACAAUGGUAACCUGGUUUUAUGCGAUAGUGAUGGGAGAACUUUGCGCCGACACAUAACUCAAACUCGGAAAGUUAACGAAUGGAGGGAUUGUAAAACUGAUGCUGUAAGCGAUAAUGAUGGAGGAGAAACAACGCGACGUUCUUCGAAUCGGGAUCGGAAGCCUCCUGCUUAUUUGGACAGUUACAUACGAGUUUGUCAGCAAGAAGAUUCAGAUCGUCACAGUUCUAAAUAA